UUGCAACUACCCAUUUACAGGUUGGGCAUCAUUCAGUCAAAUAUUCUGACUUCAUAAGUAAGAAUGGGUUCGCAAAUGCUAGUAUUAUUCAAAUCAAAUCUUCUUCUUCUUCAUCUUCCUCCAUACUACAUAGAUUAGAUUCCCAGCUUUAACAAGGGAAGGAAAAUCUAGCAGUGUGGCCUGCUUUAGGUAUGGGCAUUUGCAUGGGGAGACCAGCUAAGCUUGCUCAUGCUUCUUCUUCUCUAUUUCCUGAUUCUAAGAUUUCUUGUGCUGACAGAGAGAAAAAGGGAACAAGUCAUUAUGAGAGUAUUCUGACUACUACUACCAAUCCAAACCUCUCUAUCAUGUCUUCUAACCUCAAAGAAUUCACAUUCAAUGACCUGAAAACCGCGACUAGGAACUUCCGUUUUGAUAGUCUUCUCGGGGAGGGAGGAUUUGGAUUUGUAUUCAAAGGAUGGAUAGAUGAGAAGACUUUUGCUCCAUGCAAGCCAGGAACGGGUAUGGUAGUGGCUGUCAAGAAACUUAAGCUGGAUAGCUUUCAAGGUCACAGAGAAUGGGUUGCAGAGGUUAACUUCUUGGGACAACUACACCACAUAAAUCUCGUGAAGUUGAUCGGAUAUUGCUCUGAGUGUGAAAACAAACUCCUUGUUUAUGAAUUUAUGCCCAGAGGAAGCUUGGAAAAUCAUCUAUUCCAUAAAGGAGUUCAACCCAUGACUUGGGCAACACGAAUGCGUAUUGCGGUAGAUGUUGCAAGAGGGCUAUCCUUCUUACACAGUCUGGACACCAAUGUGAUCUACCGUGAUCUCAAGGCUUCUAACAUUCUUCUCGACUCGGACUUCAAUGCAAGGCUGUCCGAUUUUGGGCUGGCAAAAGAUGGUCCUAGAGGUGAUAAAACUCAUGUUUCCACAAGGGUUAUUGGGACACGGGCCUAUGCUGCACCUGAAUACAUGGCCACAGGACACUUGACUUCGAAAAAUGACGUGUACAGCUUCGGGGUUGUAUUACUGGAGCUGUUAUCGGGGAGAAGAGCGUGCGGAUAUGAGAAUGAGGCAGCUCAACAAACCUUAGUGGAAUGGGCAUCUCCUUUCCUAAGUGAGAGCCGCAAAGUGAUGAGAAUCAUGGACACAAGAUUAGGCGGUCAGUACUCCAGAAAAGGCGCCCAAGCUGCUGCUGCUCUUGCAUUGAAGUGUCUCCACACAUCCCCGAGGGCUCGUCCUGCCAUGGCUGAUGUUCUUUCUGCCCUGGAACAGCUUCUUCCUGCACCACCAAAGGAUAAUGUGCCCCUUCAGGGAUUCACAUUAGGCCAUUCUUGAGAAUCUAUAAUACAAAUGUCAAUUAGUUUAUUUCUCCUAAAAAAUGUUAUUAGGAGACUAUUCACAUAUGAUCCAUGUAAUAGAUUUAUCAGUAUGCAUUUCAUAUAACUGUAAAGUAUUCAUCAAAUUUGUUAUAUCUGUAAAAAAGAAAGCACAAAACUUGCAACUCUUUCAUAGUUAGCACUUAGCUA